CGGGCUGCCUGGAAGAGACCGGACACUCAGAGAGGUCGGCGGGCGCGGCCUGGGGAGGCGGCUGGUCCGACUGGCUCGAGUGCCGACUCAGCUGUGGGCAGGGAGAGCGCAGUGUGCUUGUGGCUGUCUCCCUGGGGCGCGGAUCCGAGCCGGGGUGCAGCGCAUAGCUGGACAGAGUAAGCACGCUACGGAUCCGUGUUGAAUUUGGUCUUCCCUGGAGCGUAGUCUGGGAGCCCCCUUUGGCAGCUGCCAGCCCUGAAAAAUGCUGGAGGCUGGGCGUGGCCCGGUCCAGGGAACUUGUUUUUCCUGUUUCCCCGAAGAGCUCCCUGCUGGCCGUCCAGAUGCACAUUCAUGAGUGAGGAACCUGAGCCUGCUGAGCAUCCAACCCAGAGACCAGGGGCUGGUCAGGGUGAUGGCUGUUGACCCAGACCCCUGGAAUGACACCAGCAAUGAUACCUGGGAUGGGGAUGAGUUGGGCUACAAGUGCCGCUUCAACGAGGACUUCAAGUAUGUGCUGCUGCCAGUGUCGUACGGCGUGGUGUGUGCGCUGGGGCUGUGUUUGAACGUCGCGGCACUCUACAUCUUCCUGUGCCGCCUCAAGAGCUGGAAUGCCUCCACCACAUACAUGUUCCACCUGGCUGUGUCCGAUGCCCUGUAUGCGGCCUCCCUGCCACUGCUGGUGUAUUACUAUGCCCACGGCGACCACUGGCCCUUCAGCACAGUGCUCUGCAAGCUGGUGCGCUUCCUCUUCUACACCAACCUCUACUGCAGCAUCCUCUUCCUCACCUGCAUCAGCGUGCAUCGGUGCCUGGGCGUCCUGCGGCCUCUGCGAUCCCUGCGCUGGGGCCGGGCCCGCUAUGCCCGCCGGGUGGCAGUGGCCAUUUGGGUGCUGGUGCUGGCCUGCCAGGCACCUGUGCUCUACUUUGUCACCACUAGUGUGCGUGGGCCCCGAAUCACCUGCCACGACACCUCAGCCCCUGACCUCUUCAGCCACUUUGUGGCCUACAGCUCCGUCAUGCUGGGUCUGCUCUUCGCAGUGCCCUUUGCCACCAUCCUGGUCUGUUACGUGCUCAUGGCACAGCGGCUGCUCAAGCCAGCUUAUGGGACCACAGGAGGGCUGCCACGGGCCAAGCGCAAGUCGGUGCGCACAAUUGCUCUGGUGCUGGCUGUCUUCGCCCUCUGUUUCCUGCCUUUCCACGUCACCCGCACCCUUUACUACUCCUUCCGCUCACUUGAUCUCAGCUGCCACACUCUCAACGCCAUCAACAUGGCAUACAAGAUCACCCGGCCGCUGGCCAGCGCCAAUAGUUGCCUUGACCCUGUGCUCUAUUUCCUGGCGGGGCAGAAGCUUGUUCGCUUUGCCAGAGAUGCAAAGCCACCCACAGACCCCACCCCUCCUCGCCGCAGGCUGGGGCUGCACAGGUCUGACAGAACUGGUGCCCAGAGGAAAGAUGUGUCAGCCAGCACUGUGGACUCUCAGUGGACAGAGCCCACAGUGGCUGGACACGAGAACACUAAGGACAUCCGGCUCUAGGACCUGAGCCCCUUGGCUUUCUGCAAGAUAAUAUGGAGGAGCUGUAGGGACCAGGGCUCAUUCAAAUGGAAUGGUGUUCCCAGCUAUGGACCAUCAGGGGUUUUGUCAUUGGCAGAGGCUGAGGAUACUCCCUCCCUGUGGUCCAGAAAGGCACCCAGCCCCAGAUCCCCCAGGCAUCAUUUGUAUGAGUGGGGAAUAAGGUUUUGAGAAAGGAAAGUGUUCAGGGCCUGUGCCACCUGACUCCCAUGCAGAUAGCUGGCUGUUCCUGCCAACAUACCUCUGCUGGAGUCCAAACUAAUCCAGUCAGAUAGAGAAGUAGGCCCAGAGAAGACAGUGACUUACCAAGGCCACAUAGCAGAGUCUGGGCUUGAGCUAACUGGAGUUGGGGGCAAAGUCACAGGCUGACCAGAGGACCCUGGUAAGUAGUCAGGGCUGAGUUCCCACAGGAAUCUGGGGUGGGACUGAAUGCCACAGUGGACUCAGCUCAGAGAAGUACCCCCAGCCCAAGAGCUGAACACCUGGGGCUGAUGCCAUACGCCCAUCUGAAGGCUCCCCUGAGUUGGGACCCGGUUUGAGACUGUAACUUAUACUGAAGUCUGUGCUGUUUAUUGAGCUGUGUUGCAUUGUACAGUCAGAGGGUAGGAGCAUGGCCUAGGAAGCUUUCCACAUCUACACAAAGGCCUUACUCCAACCUGUUCUCUUCUGCCACCUGCCUUCCCACUAGCUGCUUCAGGCGAGUGUCGUCUUAGGAACCCCGCUCCAGAUUCUGGGUAUUUCCCCCACUUUGAAGUCAUUUGGCUUCUGUGCCUGUUUCUGUGUGAGGCAGAGAUGUCUCAGGCGGGUUUCUAGUCCAUAGGUUCCCCAGUUUAGGUGAUAACCAGUCACAUACUGGUAAAUGUUCAACUGGAUCUUCGGGGUUGGGGUGGGAAGAGGAACUCCUUACUUGUAGUAUUGCCUAUUGCCAUUCCUGCCACGGCCAAUUUCAGAUUGUCAGUGCAACAUCAUCUCUGCAGAAUUGCUGAAAACUUAACAAAUGGCUCUUGCAGGCAGGCACACAUUGCUGCAGUGUACCACUGGGUCAUGCUGAGUAGCUCAGGGCUGUGACCAGGGGCCUAGGGAAGGAUUUCUGGACUGGGGCAAUCCUGAGAUGUGGCUUCUGAGAAAGGCAACUCACAAGAACGCCAGGUGAGGACACAUUCUGAGCAAGAGCAGGGGACCAGGGAGCAGAGACAGCAGCAGGCUGGACAGCUACCCAGGCUCAGUACAGAGAUGAGACUCCCUCCUUGCCCUGGCUACACGGAUUCCUUUGGCUGAGGUACGUGUGAGUGAAACUUGCUCCUCUCUGCACCCAGGCCUUGGCCUUCUGGGAAAAUCUCAACUUUCAGGCAUGAUGGUUGAUAUUCCAGCUGGGCCAGGGUUUAGCAUGGGAGAAGUGGUCUCACCUGUGGCCAGUGUUGGCUCUGGCUAGGAUCACUCUGGGCUAAUUUAUGGAGCUCAGCUGGAUAGGACUCUGCCUGGUCUUUGGGCAGGGAUAGGAUGAAGCUGACCAGCCUCACUUUUGACCUCAAGGACAGGGACUUCUCUUCUUCUGGGCGAGCCUGGCCCUGUGGGCCCACUGUACUCUAGAGAAGGUCUCUCUUUCCCCAGCUCACCUCCUCCACCCACCUCCCGUGGCAUCUCCACCUUUCCCACUUAGCUUUAUCAAAGGCAGGGCAUCCAUUCCCCAGGGGUUGCUCUAUUUACAUUUUGUGUAGUUGUUUUGAAGUAGGGUUCUGCCCAGGCUGCUAUAUUACCUAUGCUGCUUUGAACUACUGGGCUCAAAUAAUCCACCUGCCUCAGCCUCCUGAGUCACUAAGACUACUAGUGACUAUAUAGAGCCUAGUCCCACAACUCCCUCAGAUGACGGAUUCAUCCCAGGCCAUAAUGCAAAUGAUUAUUCUUCAUUAUGUAAUUCUGGGUGUCCUGUCCAGAAGAGUGUCAGGUGCUCACCUCCGAUAUUCUGGGCUCUAUAUUUCUGCUAAUGUAGCUAGAGUCCCUCUGAGCUUUCUUGGCAACUACCUCUUACAGAGUGUCCUGGGUCUUUCCUGCAGGCCCGAGCCUAUCUCCUUCAUACCAGUUGCUACUCAGGGUGCACCCCAUCCCAAUUUACAGGGAGCCUCUUCCCAAGCGUUAAACUCUCAUGCAUAGAAAUAUAAAAGCUGAGCUCUGACCCUGUCAGCCCUUCUGGGACCUGGAAGCAGGAGUUAUGUCAUGACUUUGGGGCCCUGUAGUGUACAUCUGUGGUUGGAGUGUGGGCUAUGUCUGCCAUAGGCCAAGUUCCUUAGUCCCCAUUCCUCUCAUGUUCUGCUCCCCUACCCCUCCUGCAUGGGUGGAAGUGGGGAAUGAAGACCCAGGGGAACCAGGAACAGGCCCAGGAUCCCCGCUCUUGACUGUCUGGCCUUUCAGUAUGGACAUCUGGCCUGGUCGUCUAGAGGGUGAGGCUCCUGACCUUGCUGCCUUGUGCUAUUUUCAGCCCAAGCAAGACCAUGAUUUUCCGCUGCUGGCCCUAGACCAUUGUCUGACGUGGAUGACCUGCCCAUCUUCAAAAUAUCUCUUAUUGCCCUCUGGACCUCCCUUGCCCCUUCCUACCUCCUCACCCUGACAUCACUUCCUAAGGCUAUUGACUCUUAAAGGCCAUUAUGAAAAGGCAUGAAUCAUAGUGGCAAGACCCCAGGGAUUAUCCAGCCAGCUGCAGACUCAAGGCCAGGGAAGGGCGGGGCCGCACCCAACUCACUGGGAAGGUCAUUGUGGUGCCCGGACAUGAACCACAGCCCCAGGCUGCUCCUGUUGCUGUGCCAUUCCCUCCAGUGCAGGUCAGAGCCUUUGUGGGAACCCUGUGCCACCUGCACUGCCCAGCCUCCAUCCUCCAAGGCUAUGGAGCUGAGGCCAGGGAUAUGGUGCAGGGUGGGAGAAGGCUAAGGAGAGUCAAGUGGUAGGUGAAUGAAGCUCUCUGGCCUCUGCAGCACUGUCCUCAGUGAGCUCCAGGUGACAUUGUGCCCUUGGCAUAUAUGCUCUUCCCUGGGCAGCAGAGAUCCCCAAGGCCAAGAGAGAGGGGAGAAUCCCAGAGGACACACAAACCCUCGCCCUUCGAGGCCAGAAAAAGGCUUAGGUAACACGCUGCCCACACAGAGUUGCUCUAGAUCAGGCCACCACAGCUGUCCCUCUGCUACCUUUGUCAUAGAGAGUUGGGCUUGUUUGUUUAGAGUCAGGCACAUAGAGGAGGGGACUCACACAAUGAUCCAAGUCCCACAAACCACUCAGGAAUCUCAUAUGUCAUGUUGUUCUUCACACCCACCCUGGGGAGCAAGCAUUAUCCUCCCCACUUAGUGGCUGAGGACACAGGAAAGUGCAUUGAGUAGCAUAGGCUUGCUCUAGGUGUCACAGCCGCAGGUGGGUGAGCAGAGAGGAAUCCAGGCUUCCUGGAUGAAUUCCCUUUGCAGUGGUCUACUCUCAACACCUGCAGAGCAGGAGGCUCUGCAAGGACCCUUCCCACAGCUCAGGACCAGAGUGGCAGUGUAGUGAGGACAGGUUGAGAGCAGAUCCUGCGCUAAGACCACCUUGGUUUGGAGGUCACCUCUACUUUCCCAGCCAUGCAGUUACUUGGUCUUGGAGCACCUCAGUUUUCUCAUUUGAUGAGAUGCUGCCUCCCACAGAGGACAUUGGGUGGCUUGCUUGACUCAAUGCACAGGAAAUGCUUAGCACAAUGCCUGGCAUUCCAUGCUAGUACUGUGUCAGGGGUUACCAAGGCAAGCCAGUGGGGCCGUGUGUUUCCAGAGUUGACAUAAUUUAAUAUGUCACCACACUGGGAUAAACAUUUUGAAGAGCCCAGAAUGUUUGGUCACUGAGCAACACUGGAUCUAACAGCUCCAGGAGCCUCUGGCUGUAGGAUGGGGGAGGCAGGUCCAUCCUGGGUAGAAUGGGGCUCACCUCUUCCUUACCUGGUACUGAGUGGCUUUCAGGCACAUGGACCUGUGUAUUUCCUGGUGCCCAUCUGGAUGGCAGCAGAGAGGGCAGGGGGCAGGAGAGAAGACAAGGAGGAGGAUAGUAAGUGGCAGGAUCACCCCCUAUGGGGUGCAGAGCUCCCCCAUCCGCGGGGGCAGGCUUAGCCAUUUAUCCAUGGCUAGCAGUACCCGGCAUGGCAAUCUGCAGUCACAUCUUGGUUCAACUAAGAGCUUGGAGAUCUAGAAUGGGAGGACUGGCCUGAGGCUGGGCCAGAGCAGAUAGCUUUUGCUGUGUGAACUGAGGCCUUCUCUGGGCUACCCUUUGAAGCCUGAAGGCCCUGUUUCCCUGUUCCACUUCUCCCACCCUCAAUCAAGGCAUAGCUGUCUACACUUUCAAGGCACAGCUAACAGUUGCUCCCUUAAGCUUUGCUAAGACCACUGGACUCUUGGUUCUUAGGACUAGGGUGAGGGUGGUAGGUCUCCCUGGAAUCAAGAGGCCAGAGAGGUGAAGUAACUCCACUGCCACCACACAGUGUCACACAGUGGACUGUCAGCUGCUUCUGCUUCUGUGGGUGAAGCCAGGAGUGACUAGGCUGCAGGGUGAGGGAUGUGUGGGUAACAUAGUAUAGUUGGGGCUAUGGGACCACUCACCUGAACCUGGGCAAUGCCCCAGGGCCAACUUUUGUCCUAAGGCCUCUUCCCCAGAGGCAGAGAUAAGAAUAACUAAGAUUCAUGAAAGAUUCCAAAACCCCACACCAGGAUGCAUAUGUGCCAGACCUGCUGUUGUGUCAUAGUAACCUUUCUUCACCUGAAGCUCAUUAAAGGAUCAUACAUAUGGACUGCACCUCAUACAUGCAAUUGUAACAGUGAAUCAUGGGAAAGGACACGCAGAGUAGAUGCAGCUGACACGACUCAGUGCUCUAUCAAUCAUGCUGUUAAUCACACUCUGGAAGACCUAAUGAGAGGCAGCCUAACCCAGCACAACAUUUUAAAUUGUUAAACCCAGUGCAUUCAGUGCUCAGGGUAUUUUCCUUUCUGUCUGAGAGCUUACCUUUACCUAAUUAAACUUUGCUGCUUCUUUAUGACCCUCAUGUGCCACAUCCAAUUCUUUGUUGUGCAUGAGACCCUAAAAACCCACCCGGGACCCCGUCACCCACAGUAACAAUAGGGCAGAAAUUGAGUUCCAGAGCCAAACUUCCAUCCUGCUCUGCCCUGAUGAACUGUGGGACUUGGUUGGGCACUUCCUUCCUCUGGCCUCAGAUUCCCAACCUCGAUGCGCGGCUCUACCCUUCAGCAAGGGCUUCCUGGGGUUCCCUUCCCUGGGGUUCUCAGCUCCAGUUAAGUCAGGUGUCCUGUCUUGGCUGUCCCAGCCAGGAACAAUGAACCAGGCAGGCCAGCCGCUCAUUGGCCUUGAGCCCUGUCUCCAGGGGCUCCACCCUCCACUUCAGCCUAUUUACAGCCCUUGCAGAAGGAAUCAAAAGAAGGAUUUUCCACUCCCAGCACAAGGACUGCCCUGUACUAUUGUCCAGCAGUGAGGGAUCCGCCUUCCCCAAAAUAUCCCCUGUUCCUAUCCCCUAGGACUCCCUGCCUUGUUCCCACCUCCCCGCCCUGUCAUCAUUUCCUAGAGCUGUGAACUCCUGAAGGCCGCCAGAAACAGCAGAUGAAAACUCUGACAGACACAAGCUGUUCAAAUCAGUUUUCCCUCCCGGCAGGACCCCAGAGAUUGUUUGGAUGCUUGGUGGGACUAGAGCCCUGGAGAGGACUGUGCCUUGUCCAAGGGCACACAGAAAUCUGGGUGGAGCCCAGGCCUGAGCCCAGGGCUCUCUACCUGCUCCUGCUGCCUCUGCGCUAGUCUGUGCCUCCUGGAAUUGAGAGCUCCCGUUCAAAGGCUCAGGAUGGGCAUCCUGGGAGGAAGCCUGAUGAUGUAGGUGGUGGGUAUUCCCUUGGGUUCUGACUUUGAGCAGCGAGCUCAGUACAGGUGCCUGAACAUUCACACCAGAUGUGGCUAUUAGAAGCUGAAUGUUUUAGUCUUCCCCAAAUUCAUAUUUAAAUCUUUUCUUUUUCAGUACUGGGGAUUGAACCCAGGGCCUUCAUGCUGAGCUACAUCCUCAGACCCUUUUUUACUUUGAGAUAGGAUUUUGAUGAGUUGCCUAUGCUAGGCUUGAAUUUGCCAUCCUCCUGCCUCAGCCUCCCAGACCUC